AUGGCGCCGUGGCGGCAGGCAGCGACAGGCGCGGGGCUUCUCGCCUCGGCCUCUUCGGAGGAUGAGGCCCCGGAGGAAGUGGCCUUUGGAGUGGGGAAGGAGGCGGCCGAAAUCGAACGGAAGCUCGUAGGGGAGGCGGCCCGGAGGCACCGGGAGCUGCUGAAGGAGAAGCGACGGCGGCGCCAGGAGCUGUUCAUUGAGCAGAAGAAACGGAAGCUUCUCCCCGAGGCCGUCCUGCAGGAGCUGGCUGCCGCGCCGCCCGCACGACCUGCUGCGCCGGCUGCGGCAGCUGACCGAGCUAAACGCCGUGGAGGUAGAGCUGCAAAGGGGAGACAAGACAAAGCCAAAAGGCAGGUGAAGAAAGACAAGCAAAGAAAGGGUACCAGGUCCAUAGGCAACUAUACAGCUGUGUGCUUAAAAGAUCAGAGUGCAACAGGCCUCCACCAGCAGCUUGCCAAAGAUUUUAUAAACACUCAGCUCUAUGGACCAGGCACCAACCGCAUUCAGGCAAAUGAGUUUUUUUCCCUGGAAAACAAGAAAAACCCAGUUAAGAAAGCGGCAGUUCAGUUUGUGGAUAAAUCUUGGGGGCAAGAAAUAAAGCAGAGAGCAACAAGAUUUAAAAAACAGUGGCUCUCAACACAGUUUAAUAAGUGCACAUGAAGAGAACUUUUACAGAAGAUGCUGCUAAGGACUUUUACUGAAGUUAGUCUCUCAAUGGAAAGGUAUUUUUUCUGUACUUCAUCAUCACUCUGCUUUCAGCACCAGCCAAGAGAAUGCACUAAUUUCCAAAAAGUCAUAUCCAAACUGGCUUUUCUGUUCUCUUCCCUCCCCCAAGGGAGCAACUAGGCCAGGGGAGCAACUGUGUGUCCUUAAUCCUGACUUAGAGCAGCUGGAGCUGGUGUUAUGCCCAGGCUUGUAGAGCUGCCUCCAUGAGACAGCAUAACUUUGCAGAGAAUAAAGAUGAACAAUUUUGUAUAGACUAUUUCUUACAGCAAUCACUUAGUCCUGAUUUUUCAGUUAUUUGCACCUCUAAGGCUAUAUUCUAAUACCAAAACCAUUUAAGACAGCCCACACAGCAGGACCCUUCUGUCCAGCUUGAAGAUUACUUUCAAGAAAUAAAUAAAGCUUUCCCCCUCCGCCUAUAGGAGUGCUGACUGAGCUCGCAUUAGUACCUGCAGUAAGCACUGAGCUGCUGCCAGCUCAAGUCCU